GUGUAUCUUUAUUUUGGGUACUGCACAUUACCCUCUAGAUUAUUGGAAGGUCUUUUAAAAAAGUUUUAGCAUCAGGCGUUGACGGGUAUAAAUACGCCAGUGAUGCACAAUCUCAUUCACUUAAGUUUGCUUUCGAAGAAUUUUAAAAUAACAAAUUACCUAUUACCAUGAGUGCCAGGACCUUUGUGACGAUUGCCACGCUUCUUGCGUGUGCGUUCACGACUAGUGCACAUAUGUCUUGCAUCCCGAGUGAAGCGGAGAUGGGAUCAAACUUUUUGUUGGGAUUGAAGCUUGCUCAUGGUGCACCGGAAGCCGGAACAGUUGCGGUUACUGUCACUCUACCGGAAGGCACAUAUUCGGUCAAGCCUCGUCCAGUAUAUGGGUUCAGCUUGAGCCGCACUCUGCGAGAACUUGUACCCAACGUAGAAGUCUACGGCAGUAUGGUAAAUGAGACUGUGGAUACCGUGACUUGGACAGCUGUAUACGGCUACGAGGUACCAACAUGGGCUGUCGAUAUUUUCGAAAUGUACUUGUCCCUACCAGCAAAUCAAACUGGAACCAUGCCUUUCCAGGUAGUACAAACCCUCAGCGACGGAGAGCUGUACGAGUGGAUCGUUGGUAACUCAACAAUGGGACCAUAUAAUGCAACCGCUGAAGUGGAGGAGGUUGACGAGCAUGCAGGCCAUGUCCAUCGCAGAAGACAAGCCGAAGAAGUUUAUCCUGCGCCUGUAUUGACCGUGAUUGCUCCCACUGCAGACGAAUAGAUGCGCAGACUUUCAUAUAUAUUUUCCAUUCGACCAAAUAUUCCGGUGCGACAAGAGAACUGACUCUAUGUCCACGCAUGUAUACAUAUACACGAUUGGAGGUGAAUGGCCAAUUCCAGAACACAAAUUUGAGUAUUUGUAGGCAAAUCCUAAGCCAGCAAACCUUUCGGUGGCUCUUUUAAAACUCCAAAAGACUGAACUAUAAUUAAAAUAAUACUAUGCGCAUCUUAACAAAAAGCGAUUUGUAUCAUUAGUCGA